AUGAGCGACGAAGAAGCCCAAUCGGACUAUUCUCCGGAGGCUAACUUUAAUGACCCGGAGACCUCUGAGGAGAAAUCAAACCUGCAUGACGGUUCUGAUAGUGAGCACUCAAAUCCGGGAACAGAGGUAGCCGACGUCACCGAAGAUGAUGGAGCAACUGAACGUGGCAAAGCAGACAACGAGAACAUGCACACUACAAUAGAGCACGAUGCACCAGAAAAGCCUUCAGUAAGUUCACCAGAGGAAGAUGAGUAUAAUCCGGAGUCGAUAUAUGAAGAAGACGCAAAAGAUUCUACCACUACGUCCGAGAUUAAUCAGGAGGAGGCCGCCCAAAAACCAGUUCUUGACCCAGUUGUAAUAGCAAAGUCAACAGAAGACACUCAACCAGAAGACAAAGCGAGUGACGAAGAAAAGCAAGACCAAGACGAAGAAGUGGAAACGAAGACCGAGAAUUGGCCGGAAGAUGCCAGACCCGAUUCGCCGCCUACAUCGGCAAAUGGCGAAGACGUGGACGUUCCGCUAUUUAACGACGUGAUCAAAUUUUUCCUGAACAGUUCCUUAUUGAACGAUGCUGACUUCCAACAGUUGACUCCUGCAGACAAAGAACUGAGAUUACUUGCCGAAUACAACAAAGCCAACAAUACGCAUGUGAAUGUUCGAGUGAACUUCGGAGCAACAACGUCUUAUAAUAAGCCCCAGAUGCGUCCUGGAGAGACAUUCCAGGUAUUGGUGCCUAUCAAUCCGUUUUGCCUAAGACCCGAUAUCACUCAGCCAAUGUCCCCGGAAGAGCGAUCAAGUUACGAACAAUAUUUGCGCGACGAAGAUACGGCCUUGAGCAGCGGUAAAUGGGAUAAUUUUCCUAUUGGUUCGCGACUGUUCAUCGGAAAUCUUGCUGUUAACACGUUAAGCAAAGAGGAUGUUUACAGAAUUUUCCACCCUUAUGGAGAAGUGAAACAAGUCAACCUUAAGCAAGGUUUUGGCUUUGUACAAUAUGCCAAGGCGGAAGAGUGUUCACGGGCCAUCGAAGGAGAAAAAAAUGUUCCGCUUCAUAACAGAUUUAUGCACUUGCAGGUUUCCAAGCAUCAGGUCCAAAGAGCCAUGGAGCAGCAAGGAAAGAAUACCGGCUCAUCAAAGAACAACAGAGGGAGAUCCAGAUCUCCGGAUGGUGGUCACAACAAAAAUCGGUCUAGGUCUCCGAUCAACGAAACGGAAGUUAAGGUCAUCACUUCGAACGAUUCGACGCCAGAGUUCAAUAACAGAAUAUUGAAAAGACUCAAACAGGAUGGAUUAUCUCUAGAAACUGAACAUUUCGAUUUACCCGUCUCGGAAGUUCCCCAAGAAGCAAGCACGUCUGCCGCUUAUAAGGGCGUCCUCGCUGUUGUGAUUCCUCACCAUGACAAGCUGGACAUGAUGAUUUACGAGAAAACUUCCGAUGGUGGCAUUAGAUUCGACGAGUACUCCGAAAUCUCCAUCAAUGAAGCCAUCGAGCUAAUUUUAAGUGCAAAAGCGAAGCGUUUUGCUUCCGCCUCGCGGGAGCAUCAAUCGAGAGGCCGCUCGAGACAAAACAAUGGUGGCCAAAAUCGCCAGUCAAAAACCAGCAACCAAGCUCUGUACAGCUCGCGCAACGGUAAACAACAACAUCAACAGAACUCUGGAUCUGGAAGGUACGGCAACUCCAGAUACAACCAUCAGUAUCCUACUGCUUACGCCACUGGAAGCAACGCACAACCUUUUGUGCCCCGUCCAGGCUAUGGCACGCCUACUCCGCCACCCGCACCGUAUGGCAUACCAAGUAACGUGGGGUUUGCUCCUUCCUAUCCAGGUUAUCAGCAGCAAUUGUAUCAGCCGAUGGGUAUGCCUCAAGUUUCUCCACCUCAACCACAGGGAAAUCAGGCACAACUAUUACAAACCAUGCAAAGCAUGGACCCUGCAACCUUGCAAAAUGUCUUGUCCUUGAUGCAGCAGAUGCAAACUCAACAACCUGGAAGUAACCAACAAACCUCGAUGCCGCAAGGAAACGCCUUAUCCGGCCUCUUGAAUCAGUUGCAAAACUCUGCACCGGGUAACGCCCCACCUGCCCCAUCAUACUCUAGUUCGCUGAACCAGCCUUCUCAGCCUAGUAAUUCCAACGCUUCCGGCAGUUCGAGCAACAAUAGUCAGGAUCAGACUAACGACUUGUUUGAAACCUUGGCCAGACUGAAGAAUAAUAUGUGA